AUGGGAUCCCGGCAUAAGACCAAAAGGGUCAAGAGGCGACGCAGGCGUGACUGCCAUAGUCAAAAACCUUCUGGUUUUGAGUCAAGUUCAGCAGUAAGCAGCGAGGGAUGGCCCGUGGCCUUGAGAGAGCGUCCAGAUCUCUCACUCACAUCAGACAACACCUCAUUCUUGCAAACCCGCGCGAGGCUGGGCGAAGAAGAUAAAAAUGACAUUUACGAAAUUUUUAUGCGGGGCCCUGCAGACCCUGUUGGUCGGAUUCCGCGUGCAGUCAAGUUGGAAUCAUUCGCCUCCGGCAUGAGUCUUGAUGUCCUCCGUAUCGCUCAAGAAAAUGGAGACUUGCGUCCUGCUGUGUGGCGAGACGACAGGAACUACAGAAACAAGAGUGCUGUACCAGGUGCGGCUUGCAAAGCACUGACUGCUUAUGGGUUAUGCCUCGACUUUUCGAAACCUCGCUUUCCAAGCUCGCUGAACACGUCUGCUCUUUCAUACGCUCCCAUUGAUGACCAGACUCAAGACCAAAAGUCCUCAUCCGUCGCACCGAUAUCUUCCAUGACUAAUGGCACUACUUCCCUCGAACUUGAUGCAGACCGGCGGCUAGUGUAUAUCAAUGAUUUGGAUCGAUAUACUAUCUUCGCAGUCGUAUGGACUGCCUCUCCUCAUCAGGUUCCCGCCCUACGGAAUGCGCUAUAUCACCAUCUUGACUUCAAUGCCUUGUUGGAAAUGAGUGUCAACAUUGGAACAUUCCCAGCAUUUGAGUUAGCUUUCCAUCUCCCAUUUUUCGUUCUGAAGAUCAACAGCCCGAGGCGGGGAGAUCAUCGAGUAGACAACAAGAAGAAGACUUUGCGACGGUCAUACAACUUGCCCUCCCUAGAUGGGCCGAAAGGGACAAGUUCGGACUGGCUUCAUGAAGCACAUAUCUCCUGCACCGUGACAGGUUCAGACGAGGUUAGAUGGAUGGCAUACGCUUUUAUCGACACAUAUUACUUCGACGCGAAUGAUGAAGACAGGGAAGAUGCAACCGAGAACGAAGCGGACGCUCUUGAGGACGAUAGGGCAGAUUUAUCUGUGGAUGAGGAAGGCGAUCUCGAAGAUCAUACUAUGUGCCCAGAUGCUCUCACUUAUGGGGUUGAAGACGCAGGAAAGCCUAUUUGGAACCCGCGAAUUUACUUCUUGGCGGUGUUCGCGCGUCGCCUUCAACAAGCACGGAGAGAAUGGGAAAACGUGGUGAUGAACUUUACCGAGCGUAUUCGAGCCUUCGAAGAAGUGCAUGAGAAUGCAAUGAGUGACUCAACUCGAUUUCAGUCUUCAGACGAGCAAAGGAAUACACUGGACAUCCACGAGUCUCUUGCCUGGGUGCUCAAGACUAAGCAUCUUACGGACAGGAUGUGUAAGGUCCUCGGCGGGACAAUCAGGGCCUACGAGCCAUUCUGCUCUCGACAUGAGGCUUGUGGGGAUGGCUCGCUACGAUUCCCUCAAGGGCACAGGCUGUUGGCCGAGGUUUACAAAACAUUUGAGAUCCUCUGUCAACUAGAGUUCAAAUUGAGCAACUUAGUACACAGCUGUGGUCAGUAUGAGAGUGAACUUCACGCGCGGCUAAACGCCAUACAAAGUCAAAUCACAGCGAAGGCAAUGGCCGUAAGCAACGAACAGCUUGAACUGAGCACGACCGCUCUUGAACUGGGAAAGAAGCAGAGCCAAUUCGCCCAGGAAAGCAAACGAUUUUCGUGGAUCAUGAUGCUUUAUGUGUCACCCAUAGCGCUGACCGCAAGCGUUUUUUCUAUGGAAGAAAGUGUUUUGCCCAAAGUUCUUCCUUUUGUCAAGCCGAACGUCGGAUGGUUCAUCGGACUUAUUUGCAUUUUCGAAUUGGUGGGCAUCAUUGUUCACGCAGCAUGGUCUCAAUGGGGCAAGCUGGGCAAGCUGGCCGGCGAGGCUCAAAGAUACCGUGACUUUUGGAGUCCAUCACGGUGGUUUACACGAUCCAGGAAAUCGAGUGUUGAUGAAGAAAGUCGUCCGGUGACUCCGGUCACCAAUGCCCCACCUUCUCCUCCAGCCGUUCCCGCCUAUGCUCGUUCCGAGUCCUAA